AUGAGCAGUCAGACCAGCGUCAGGGAGGUGGCCUCUCCAUCUCGGCCCAAUCAGAGGACAUUUCUGGAUGAUGUCAUAUUAACAUUCACCUCACCAAUGGCCUGGCUGAUGGUUGUGGCCCUUAUCAUCACGUGGUCAGCAGUGGCUAUCGUUUUGUUUGAUCUGCUCGAUUAUAAAACUUUGGCAGACUACACCUCAUACUGUGACGACCCCGUGUGUUUACCUCCUGGCCUCCCUCCCCCUGCCGCCAUUGCGAAGAGAAGUGGAGUUCGUCCAAUAAAAUCAAGCUCUGCUGGAGUCUCACCUCAGGAGAGCACUGAUUGGCUGGAAAUGAUGUGGGCAUUUGCGGCCAGUCUGGUAGCUCCUGAUGAGGAGGAGGAAGCUUUCCACUCAGAGGAUCUCUGA